UUACAAUUUAAAUACUCCUAAAUAUCUACAACAUGACUACCUUGAGGCCCUUCACCUGCAACGAUAUGUUCCGCUUCAACAAAGUGAAUCUGGACCCGUUGACCGAAACCUAUUGCCUUUCGUUCUACAUGCAGUACCUCGCACAUUGGCCCGAAUACUUUCAGGUGGCCGAAUCCCCGAACGGAGAGAUUAUGGGCUACAUUAUGGGCAAAGCGGAAGGUCAAGGCGAAAGCUGGCACGGUCACGUAACGGCCCUAACGGUGUCACCCGACUUUCGACGACUCGGGUUAGCGGCAACCUUGAUGAGUUUCCUUGAGGACGUUAGUGAAAAAAAACGGUGCUAUUUUGUAGAUCUGUUUGUCCGCGUUAGCAAUAAGGUAGCGAUCGAUAUGUACACCAAGCUAGGAUACAUCGUUUACCGGACGGUGCUCGAGUAUUAUGUCGGCGAUCCGGAUGAGGAUGCGUACGACAUGCGAAAAGCAUGUUCGAGAGAUGUGCAUAAAAAAUCCGUCAUACCGCUAGAGCAUCCGGUUCGACCAGAAGAGGUAGACUGAUAAACCGU